AUGUCAAUUUUAGUAGAUACUUCAGCUCAAAUAGGUUCCACAUCUACCACAACACCAUCAACUACCACAUUGGAUGGAUUCCUGGUGGUUACUGCAUUUGCAAGUACAAAUAACGCCAACUUCGAAGUUAUUUCAGAUAGUGGUGCUGCACUGGAAACUGGCAGUGAUCUCGUUGGUUCAUUCCUGGACUCUUCAGUUAUUCAAACCGUCAGUUUGGAAACUGGAUCUACUUUAAAAGUCUCAACAACAGCAUCUUCAUCUCCUACUGCAUCUUCCGCCGCUACGUCAUCACUGAGCGCGGGCUCAUACUCGCAAGGUGGAAAUAGGAAAUAUGGAUUCCUAAUUGCUACAAUUUUGUCAGUUUCAUUUGUUUCAUCUUUGUAA